CGCUAAUACGCGCAUCAGAGGGAAAAAAACCGCCAAGGUCAUGAACUCUGACCUCUGAAGGAAAGAAAUUGGCACUAAAAGCAACGAAAUAAGGGGUUUUCUGCAGGCCACACGAGCUCGUGUCCAUGUCCCUAGAGCACUAGUGCAGUGUUUCAGGUCACACUGCCAGGAUCACCGGUGAUGACUCAGAAAAUCCAGAUAAUUUCCACAGACUCUCCUGUUUCUUCCCCUCAAAGGAUUCAGAUUGUGACUGAUGAACAAACAGGUCAGAAGAUACAAAUCGUAACGGCUUUAGAUACAGCUGUAGCCUCCAAACAGUUUAUUUUGGCCAGUCCAGAAGGUAGAGGUGAGGCAAAAGUGAUACUGGAAGAAGGAGACAGCCCAGUCCAAGGCAAACUUGUUCUGACAACACCGGAAAGCUCCAGUUCAAAGCAGCUAAUCCUUACCACUACAGAUGGUACUGUACCUCAAAGAUUUCAGAUUGUGACAGAUGCAGCUGCAGUAGAACAUUUGUUACUAAAAACAGAAGUACAACGGUCACAGCCAGUCGAGAACUGUGUUGUGUGUGGAGACAAAGCAUCAGGGCGUCACUAUGGUGCUGUCAGCUGCGAGGGUUGUAAAGGGUUCUUCAAACGAAGCGUAAGGAAAAAUCUGACAUAUAGCUGCCGUAGCGGUCAAGAUUGUAUCAUCAACAAGCAUCAUCGUAACCGCUGUCAGUUCUGCAGGCUUCGGAAAUGUUUGGAGAUGGGAAUGAAAAUGGAAUCUGUUCAAUGUGAGAGAAAACCAGUUGAGGCACAACGAGAGAAACCAGCAAACUGUGCAGCUUCCACAGAAAAAAUCUACAUCAGGAAAGAUCUGAGGAGCCCACUCACAGCCAUGCCAACGUUCAUCACAGGCAAAGAAAGUGUAAGCCCGACAACUCUGUUUGAAUCAGGAACUUUGGUGAAUAUUCAGCAACCGUUAAUACAGACAGACACUGCUGGUGUUCUAAUGGCUGUGGACUCAAAGGCUGAAGCAAGCCAAGGUGAUUUGGGUACACUGGCUAAUGUCGUCACCUCACUAACAAACAUCAGCAAGGCACUUCAUAAUGGAGACAUCAAUAUAACGGAACUGCAGCAAGAGGACCAGUCUACCAAUGAGAUUACACGGGCAUUUGACACUUUGGCGAAAGCACUGAGCCCUACGGAUGGGAGCACUGUGCCUGGUCUGAUGGAAGGUUUGGAAGCUAUAGGAGAAACUAAUAUCCAGCUGAUGAGCAGAGACCAAUCGAUGCCCAUAAUAGAAGUGGAAGGACCCUUACUGACAGACACCCAUGUGAUCUUCAAGCUGACCAUGCCCACCCCGAUGCCUGAGUACUUGAAUAUCCAUUACAUCUGUGAAUCUGCCUCCAGACUUCUCUUCCUGUCCAUGCACUGGGCCAGAUCCAUCCCAGCAUUCCAGGCUCUAGGUCAGGAUUGUAACACCAGCCUGGUGCGAGCCUGCUGGAAUGAGCUGUUCACUUUGGCCCUGGCACAGUGUUCUCAGGUCAUGAAUCUCUCUACUAUCCUCACUGCGAUUGUAAACCACCUGCAGAGUGGCCUGCAGCAAGACAAGCUUUCUGCAGACAGAGUGAAAGUGGUGAUGGAACACAUUUGGAAGCUGCAGGAGUUCUGUAACAACAUGUCCAGGCUGGGUAUCGAUAGGUUCGAGUACGCGUACCUAAAGGCUAUCGUUCUUUUCAGUCCUGAUCACCCAGGUCUCAAUAGUACCAGUCAAAUUGGAAAGUUUCAAGGCAAAGCACAAAUGGAACUGCAGGAUUAUGUUCAAAAAACAUAUCCUGAAGAUAGCUACAGAUUGGCUCGCAUUCUUCUCCGCCUGCCGGCUCUUCGAUUGAUGAAUUCCAGCAUCACGGAGGAACUCUUCUUCACUGGACUGAUUGGCAAUGUUCAGAUUGACAGUAUCAUUCCUUACAUCCUGCGAAUGGAAACUGCAGAAUACAACAGUCAAAUCAUUGGCACUUGAC